UUGGUGUUUUAUUAUCAACACAAACAGGCCAGAUGACACAAACUGACAAGCAGUGAGUGAGUGACAGGCCAGCAGACACAAACUGACAAGCAGUGACAGUCCAGAAGACUGACAAGCAGUGACAGGCCAGCAGAUAGAUGGCAUCUAAUGAUGUUAAAACCUUUUAUCAAUGUGUUGUAUGUGAUGAGAUUUUCCAACAAUAUGAUGAUUUAGAAAGACACAAUAAAAUGCACAUUAAAGAAGAGAAAACUGGUGAUUUAGAUGUAUGUUGUAAUGUUAAAGAUGAGAAAACUGAUGAUGUAGAUGAAUAUUGUCAUGUUAAAGAAGAUAAAACUGAUGAUGUAGAUGAAUAUUGUCAUGUUACAGAAAAGAAAACUGAUGAUGUAGAUGAAUAUUGUCAUGUUAAAGAAGAAAAAACUGAUGAUGUACAUGUAGAAGGAUAUUGUGAUGUUAAAGAAGUGAAAACUGAUGAUGUAGAUGAAUAUUGUCAUGUUAAAGAAGAUGAAUAUUAUCAUGUUAAAGAAGAGAAAACUGAUGAUGUAGAUGGAUAUUGCCAUGUUAAAGAAGACAAAACUGAUGAUGUAGAUGAAUAUUGUUAUGUUGAAGAAGAGAAAACUGAUUAUGUUGAAGAAGAGAAAACUGAUGAUAUUGAAUCAUGUUAUCAGUGUAAAUUGUGUGAUAAACGCUUUAAAUUAGAAACUGAUUUAGUGAAACAUUCUGAAAUGCAUUUAAAAGAAGCAAAAUCUGUUUUGCGGCGUUUUAAAAAAAGGAGAAGAUUUUUAGGCAGAAUACUGGAAGAAAAACAUGUAAAAUGUGAUGUUUGCAACAAGUCAUUUACUGAAAGAGAUUACCUUAAAGAUCACAUGAGAAUUCAUACUGAAGAGAAUCAUCAGAAAACUGAUGAUAUAGAUGAAUAUUGUCAUGUUAAAGAAGAGAAAACUGUAUGUAUUGAAACAUUGCAUCCGUGUAAUUUGUGUGAUGAAGAAUUCAGGUCUGAUAAAGAAUUAGGAAAGCACUUUAAAAUACAUGCUCAAGAAGAUGAGUCUACUUUACAACAUGGUAAAAAUUGGGACCAAAGUUUUAACCAGUAUAAUGAAACUGAGAUAGACCAUGAACCAGACGCUAUGAAACGUAUCAAAUGUGGUAAAAAACGACACAUAUGCGAUGUUUGCAGUAAAUCAUUUGAUAGGAAAUCCAGUCUUCAGAGGCAUAUGAGAAUUCAUACUGGCGAGAAACCUUGUAAAUGUGAUGUUUGUGGUAAAUCAUUUAGAGAUACAGGUAAUCUAAACUAUCACAUUAAAAGUCAUUCUGGAAUUUAUAAAUGUGACGUUUGUGGUGAAUCAUUUCGUCAAAGUAAUUCUUUACAGAAACAUAUGACAAUACAUACAGGGGGAAAACCUUAUAAAUGUGAUGUUUGUGGGAUGUCAUUCACCUGGAAUCAUAUUCUGAAAUUGCACAUGAGAAUUCACACAGGAGAAACCCCUUUUAAAUGUGAUGUUUGUGGUAAAUCAUUCUUCAGUAAUAGUAAUCUACAGAGACACAUUAGAAUUCAUACAGAAGGAAAGCCAUAUAAAUGUGAUGUUUGUAAUAAAUCAUAUACUAAGACUAUUGGUCUUCAGAGACAUAUAAGAAUUCAUACUGGCGAAAAACCCUAUAAAUGCGAUGUUUGUGAGAUGUCAUUCACCUGGAAUCAUAUUCUAAAAUUACACAUGAGAAUUCAUACCGGUGAAAACCCUUAUAAAUGUGAUGUUUGUGGUUCAUCAUUCAACUGGAAUGGUCAUCUAAAGAGACACAUGAAAAUUCAUACAAGAGAAAAAAACUUAUAAAUGUGAUGUUUAAAGAAAAUCAUUUGGCCAAAGACACAAUAGAGAGAGAGAGAAAUGGGGUUUAACGUCCACUCGACACAAACUAGGUCAUUUCGGGACUAACAUAUGGUUUAAUUUUAUUUACAUAAUUCGCUUGCGCGUAGGGGUCUUUAGCAGUGGGAGGAAACCGGAGGACCCGGAGAAAACCCACGAGGUUGGACAGGCGACCCUACUCCUUGCCACGUACAACCGGGGAUUCGAAACCACGCCAGUCGACUCAAUGACAGACUUUAUGAUACAGCGCGCGCACGCUAACCAUUCAGCCAUCCAACCCCCCUGAGACACAAUAGAUUAGGUCAAGCUGUGUAUAUUGUCUAGUGUGAGAGACUGGUAGAUUGGGUCUAGCUGUGUGUAUUCUAUUGUGGGAGGCUAGUAUAUUUGGUCUAGCUGUGUAUAUUAUCUACUGUGAGAGACUGGUAGAUUAGGUCUGGUUGUGUAUAUUAUCUAUUGUGGGAGGCUAGUAUAUUUGGUCUAGCUGUGUAUAUUAUCUACUGUGAGAGACUGGUAGAUUAGGUCUGGGUGUGUAUAUUAUCUAGCUGUGCGAAACCUAUAGAUUGCAUCAAGCUGUGUAUAUUCUGUUCCCUGGUAUCACUUUCAUGUUCUUUUAGGUUCACAUUUCAAUCAGUGUCCAAAUGAAAUGUGACUUUACCAGUAGAAUCUGUAAGAGCAGCCACUCCUGUAAGCGGUCACAUUAAAUUCCCCCCCGGCAAAAAUUCUAUUAUUUCAUCUCUUUUAGAGCUGCAACGAUUCAGUUCGGUGCACCGAUAACCAACACUAGCCGCCUCGGUUCGAUCCACGAUCUACAACGUUCAAAUUUCGAUUCGGUACAAUUGCAAAUUAAAUUUCAAAUAAAAACAACGUACACCUUACCAUACGAAAAAAAAUGAAAGACCUGUAGCAAUUAAGUCCACUUAAAAUUUAAAAAAAACUUUGUUUUUACGUAACUUUUAAUUUACGUUAUUUAACAAAACACGAAUGUCACUCGAAAACAUAACUAAAACAGAGUGACCUCCCUUUAAAACAAUUUUCGUAUGCUGACGAAAGUUAUUUAAAAUUGGUGACGUACCGAAUGUUCAUUGGAUGUUAAUUUAGGUCAAUAGCUUCGGUAAUCGUUAUAUAAAUUCUAAACAAUCUCAUCAGCUGAUAAUUCCGGUCAUUAUUUUCGGAUAUUUUCGUGUUUAGCGAUUAUUACCCGUAGUCAAGCAAACACUGGAAGGUAAAAUUAUGGCAGAUGACGUACUUUCUCAACCACCUGGUCAUUUGAAAUCUAAAGUUUGGAAUCAUUUUGGUGUAAGAAAAAACUCUAAAGAUGUGGCAACUUGUAGAGUAUGCUACACUGACAUAUCCCAUAAAAUAGGAAACACAACAAACCUGUCAAACCAUCUCAAAAGAAAGCACAGUCUCGAUGUCAGUGUGAGUGGGCAGUCUAACUCUAAAACUAAACACGAAAUCAAACUGAGUUCACCGGGACAAUUUUAGUCUUAUGUUUUUAUUGUUUUUAAUGAAUUAUAUACAGGAAAAAUUAUUGGUUAUUGUAGCUGAUAAUCGAAUCGAAAAUAAUCGAAUCGAAUGGUUAAAAUCGAUAAUCGAACCGAAUCGAGGUAGUUGUGAAUCGUUGCAGCGCUUUAAUCAACUGUCACUCCUCUAACUUGACCAGCGGUCACUGUUUUAGUUAUAAGUUUAAUAAAACAUCACCCAUUCAACGGCCAUUGUCGAAUGAUACCAUCUUGUCACACUUUGUAGCACCUCUGGUAAUCCUGUGAUUAAUAGUUAAUUAUCUGGUCCCCACUGAUCAGGUAAAAAGAACUGAAAAUAACAAUAAACCCGGAAUUAUCUGUUAA